AUGGACAGGAUCUUUUGCUUUUGUUGCAAGUUGUUUAAAACACCCAAAAAUGUUACCAGAGUUGGCCAACUUGGUAACGAUGGAUUCAAAGAUUGGCAUAAUUUGCAUCGGUCUAUUAAAAGUCAUGAAGGAAAUGAAGAGCAUUUAUAUUGCAUGACUAAUUGGAUUGAACUGGAAAAUACGCUUCGAACAAAAACUACAAUUGAUAAAGGCGUUGAAUUGUUGAUCGAUGCGGAAAGAGGACAUUGGAGGCAUGUAUUAAUAAGGAUAAUUGCUAUUGUAAAAAGACUCGCCAAAAAUGCAUUGACAUUUCGAGGAGAUGAUGAGAGGCUAAAUGUUGAGAACAAUGGUCUGUUUUUACAAAUGGUGGAAAUGGUUAGUGAAUUUGAUCCAAUAAUGAAAGAGCACCUUCGGCGGACUAAUGCAAAAGAGAUUCAAUACACGUAUCUUGGCAAAAAAAUCCAAAAUGAGUUGAUACAGUUGUUGGCUAAUGAGGUGAGAAGUGCAAUUGUCAAGAAAGUUAAACAAGCAAAAUAUUUUGCAAUUAUACUUGAUUGUACUCCAGAUGCAAGUCUGGAGGAGCAGAUGUCGUUAAUAGUACGAUUUGUAGAUGAUUCGGCAAACUUACCUACAGUUGAAGAAUAUUGGCUUGAAUUUUUGAAGGUAGAUGACACAACGGGACUUGGACUUACAACCGAGCUUCAAAAGGCUUUGAUCAAACUCGAUCUGGAUAUUGAUAACAUUAGAGGGCAAUGGUAUGAUAACAGAUCUAACAUGAGUGGGAAGCACAAAGAUAAUGUAAAAGGGUUGACAGUGAAGCCAUUGUCACAAACACGUUGGGAAAGUCAUGUUGAGAGUGUGAAUCCUAUAAUGGAGCAAACUACACAGAUAAGAAAAGCAUUACUUGAUUUGGCAGAAACUAACGAAGAUCCUAAAGUAAAGAGUGAAGUCGAGUCGUUGGCAACACAUGAACUUCAGAAUUUUGAGUUCUUGCUUGGCAUGGUAAUCUGGUACAGGUUGUUGCAUGCAGUUAAUAUUGUGAGUAAAUUUCUUGAAACUGAAUCCAUGGAUAUUGAUCAUGCUAUCGACCUAUUGCAAGGACUUAUUUCAUUUCUUGAGGAUUAUAGAGAAAUUGGAUUUGCCAUUGCCAUGGAUGAAGCGAUAAAAAAGGCAAACGAAAUGGGAAUUGAAGCUGAAACUAGUGAUAGUAUUGGUGACAAAUCUGGGGAACUGCAUGUUAAUAUUGUCCGUGGUUUACCCCAACAACAAAAUGGGUAUGAUUGUGGGAUUUUUGUCAUAAAGUAUGCACAGUAUUUGUUGCACAAUGAUCUUGGCAAUAUGCCAAUGUCAUUUGAUGCUGGGAAUGCCAGACUUGAAAUUCCAGCGUUGCUGUUCAAAAAUAAACAACUGAAGCAGAUUGGAAAAGGAAGUUCAAAGUCAGAUGAAUGA